GGCGGAGCUGCUGGAGGGGGGCAGCCCGGCCCGCCCAGCCGGGGAUGGGCGCUUGAAAGGGGAAUCUGUGGCCGGCGGAGGGAGAGCGGGACAAGUGGCUGGGGCGAGCGUGCCCCGCUGGCGCAGGCUUCCCGGCAGGGACCUUUGUGGCGCGGCUCAGCCCGGCGGGAGAGCGCCCAGCAUGGAGCCCGUUACCAAGUGGAGCCCAAAGCAAGUCGUGGACUGGACGAAAGGCUUGGAUGAUUGUCUGCAGCAGUAUGUCCCCAAAUUUGAACGGGAGAAGAUAAAUGGUGAACAGCUGUUACAGAUUUCCAAUCAAGAUCUUGAAGAGUUGGGUAUCUCUCGAAUUGGACACCAGGAACUGGUUCUGGAGGCCGUGGAUCUUCUUUGUGCACUGAAUUAUGGCCUUGAAACAGACAAUAUGAAGAACUUGGUUCUCAAAUUGCGAGCUUCUUCCAACAACCUGCAGAAUUAUAUCAGCAGCCGGAGGAAAAAUUCAAAGUAUGAUGGAAAAACAUCACGCAAACCCCCCAAUGAAUUCCUCACUUCAGUGGUGGAGCUCAUUGGUGCUGCUAAGGCCUUGCUAGCAUGGUUGGACAGGGCCCCAUUUACAGGGAUUGCUGACUUCUCAGAGACAAAGAACAGAAUCAUUCAGCUCUGCUUGGAUCUCACCACCACAGUUCAGAAGGAUUGCACUGUGGCUGAAAUGGAAGAUAAAGUUCUACAUGUAUCCAAGAUUUUAAAUGGAAUUUGUGAUAAGAUGAUCAGAUCAACUACAGAUCCAUUGAUGAGCCAGAGUGCAUGUCUGGAGGAGGUUCAUUUAACCAACAUUAAACCUGGGGAAGGCCUGGGAAUGUAUAUCAAAUCAACUUACGAUGGAUUACAUGUAAUUACUGGAACUACAGAAAAUUCCCCUGCUGAUCGAUCUCAAAAGAUUCAUGCUGGUGAUGAGGUGAUCCAGGUUAAUCGUCAGACUGUAGUGGGAUGGCAACUAAAAAACCUUGUGGGAAAGUUGCGAGAGAAUCCUUCUGGAGUUAAAUUGCUACUUAAGAAACGUCCUACAGGCUCUUUUAAUUUUACUCCAGCCCCACUGAAGAACCUACGCUGGAAACCACCACUUGUACAGACCAGUCCUCCACCAACUACAACUCAGUCACCAGAAAGCACCAUGGAUACCUCAAUGAAAAAAGAGAAGCCAGCCAUCCUGGACCUCUAUAUACCUCCACCACCAGCCGUUCCAUAUUCUCCUCGGGAUGAGAAGGAGAGUCUCGUUUAUGGAGGAGGUAAUAAACCUAAGCUGCCAUUACCUGGCUCCAAGGGUGCAGAGUCUCCUAAUUCUUUCCUCGAUCAGGAAAGCCGAAGGCGAAGGUUUACUAUUGCGGAUUCUGAUCAGUUGCCUGGGUAUUCCAUGGAAGCAAAUAUACUGCCAACAAAGAUGAGGGAAAAAACACCGUCUUAUGGAAAACCUCGCCCUCUGUCGAUGCCUGCAGAUGGGAGCUGGCUGGGAGCUGCAGAUCCUUUCUUGAGGCCCCGAGCACCAGGGAGAAAAGGUGAAGAUGUCCUCUGCAGGUACUUCAGUAAUGAGAGGAUACCCCCAAUCAUUGAAGAAAGUUCCUCCUCGCAGCAGCAUUUUGCAAGGCCAGUGGCUGACAGGCAGUUAGUGAGGGGCGCAGACUACAUCAGAGGCAGCAGGUGCUUUGUGAACACAGAUCUUCAUAACAGUGCGACUAUACCUUUCCAGGAGGAAGGCGCUAAAAAACUCUCUGUUACAUCACCCACAAAAUCUUCCUCCACAGAGCCCUCACUACUGGUCAGUUGGAUCACAAGACUUAAACUGUUGACUCACUGAUUGUUUGAUAGAAUGUUUUCUCAUCUUCUGUUACCAAGUGCCUUUGUUCCUCAGUCAGACUUCUUGCUUUUCAGCUACAGUAUUACAUAGUGACUGGUGUGUUGAUCUAUUCCUGGAGAGUUGUACACAUCUCCCCUUUUUUGGCUCUAAUAUAGUGGAAUGGAAAGGAUUGGAUAAUGUGAGAUGGAAGUGGGAUAAAGGUCUAGUUUGUUUUUCCUGCCCCAAAGUUGAGGGAACUCAUUCCUCUGGAAACAAGUAAGGCUCCAGUGAAUCAGAGGUCAUAUUUGGUCUGAAAUCUGUAUGAGCUGUGCAGAAGCAAUCGUUGCAUUAAAAUGAGGUCCAGUGGCACUUCAUUUGCUAAAAUGCGCUGAUGCUGCACGACCUACUGGCUUGCCGAAUAUGUAGGGCUAAGCAAAAAUCCAGAGCUGUUCUCCUGACCAGAAAGGCAAGAGGGUAAACAUCUAUUUUGUAUAAUAAUGUGGUGUUGUGGCAAGUACUGCUGCAGCUUUAACUUGUUAAGGAAUAAAGGUAGCUUCUUCUCUGUGAUAACCAGAGAACUGUGUUAGGAAUAUAUUAAACCUGGUUUAUAAUCCAGUUAUUGAGAUCUCCAUACAGGCAAACGAGUGUUCUCUGAUUUGCUGCAGUGCUCAUCCAUGAAGAUGUGGAUUGCUACAACAUGCCAAGAAAGAGCAUCUGUAGAGGUGGUAAAAGAAAUGUAUUUUUUCCUUCAUUGUUUAAUUUGCUGUUAACCAAAGUAUCCAUAUAAGAAUAAACCCUGUUGGUUUUAUGGAACCUCUACGGUGGUUCAGUUUUUGAACUGACAGAUGUGUUUUCAGAAAGAAAAAUAUGCUGUGAUACGUUACAGUAGUAAGACACCUGGCUAUUUUUAAAUGUAGCUCCAAUUUUUCACCUUUAAAAGUCUCAAGUAGCAGCUGGUAUUUGGGAAAGGAGAAAAAGCUUGUAAAAUUAUGGUUAUUAAAGAAUCAUUGUUUAAAACUGAAUGUACAAGAGGUUGUUAGUAUGCAAAAAAAGUGUUUAAUUUAAGUGUUAAAUAUAGCUGUAUAUUUUUUUUACUCUUAACCAUAUGUAGUUUGUAUAUUCCUAUCUACACCACUGUGCACUAAUUAACCAGUGCCAAAAAACAUACUGUUAUGUUCUCCAUUAAAUCAACUGCCAAAUGCUGCAUUGGGUGAUCUUGCAGUAAUGACAGAGCCUCCUGUGUUCCAUCUACAUUAAAGAAAGGAAAAACAGUUUAACAGUUUUUAGUGUCUUGUCUGUUCUAUGGAUUUUAGCAUGUUGGGGUACUGCCCUGACUAUGUUAUGACAUAGCAUGGUUUUGCCUAUGUAAGUGUGACCAAGCUGAUGUUAUGAAAAUGUUAUGGAACUCUGUUAUGGCCCUCUAGAGACCAGGUGGUUAAAUUCAGGUCUCUAGUAAGUUAGUGCAACUUUGACUUCAAUGGUGAUUUAUACUAGGUUGGAAUUUGUCCCUAGAGCUGUAACGCCGUUCUGUAACACGGUUAUAACACAGUUUGGUCCCAUCUUCAUAGGCAUGACCAUACCACGUUAUAAUGGAGAGUAGUGUAGUAGUAUCUUCACUUUCAACAUGACAGAACUGGUAGUGCAGGCAAGGCCAAACUCACUUGUAGUUCAGUUAAGUUCCACCUGUGUGGAUGGGGCAGAGCUGAGUGCAGAAACUGCUUUGGUAUAAACAGAUCUAGGCAACCAACUCUGUGUGUUAGACGCCACUUACAACGUAGUCCAGCCCUGUGCACAUAGGCUAGGCUGGCUGCUGUUGAACUAUGGUCCAAUUCAACAACUGCUGUUAAAUUCAGUGUAAUGCAUAGUAUACAAGUUCUGCUUGCCUUUGAUAGACUACGUUUGAUAGGCUUAAAGGUGUCUGUAGAAGCACAUGUGUUUGAACAGACUCUAUGUGUGUUCCGAUGGGUGGAAUCAGAGAUGUGUGCUGCUUUUUGUUGUUGCAGGAUUGCCUCCAGAGAACACUUUGCUCCUCCUGGGUCUGGUAGUGGUGGCUCAUCCAGUCUGACUCUCUGGAAGCCACACUCGGUCCAACAAGAAUAGUGAGAAAAGCUUGCUCUAAUUUAGCCAAACUGUAAAAACUUCGGUAGCCAUUACAGCUUAAUCUGCGCUGGCUUUUAAAUUGUGCUGAGAAUGGUUCUUAACCCUAGUUUGUAUCUUAGGUUUAGUUUACUCUGUUCCAGCGUUAGUACUGAUCUGAUUUGGCCAGUUAGCAUCCUUAUAUUUUGAACACUAUUAUAACAGUUUGGUCACUUCCACACCUGUCAGACAAACCAUAUUAGAAAUCUAAAAAUCUAUCUCCCAGCUAUUCCCUCUUCCUCCUCUCUGCCUUUUCUUUAAAGUUAGGCUGCAAAGCAAAACUAAACUUUCGAUUUUGCUCUUUACUGCAUAUAAAACAUAGCUUCAGACUUUUAAUAAAAACAAAUGAUAUUGCAA